CUGCCACAGUUUUGCACCAGGUACGGAGCGUCCACGACCUUCAGCAUUUUCUCACGCCGUGGAGCCGCGAAGGAGCUGCUGGCCACCAGCCUGUCAUGCACCGGUGACGAGGCACCGAGCCCCGUGGUGAAGUCCAUCAGAUCCCGAGUAGACAUUCCAGAAGUGAAUGCGGUCGCGCCCGCGGUUGCGGCGGCGCUCGACCCGAUCCGGAGGGACAACGUGUUGGGCUACGAGAGUAGGGUGAUGAAGACGCCCGACGAAUGGUCGAGGGUCCUGGACUCCGAGCCGCCCGUCGCCCCGCACAUGGAUGAGGUUUGGAAGAGUUACCCUGGCGCCUGCCAUUUGUUCAUCUCCAACCUGGUGAAGGCCAACAUGCUGGGGCUCACGUUUGGCCCCGAGGAUUUGGCGACGCCGUUCUUCGUCGCAAAGAAGUGGCGCCCAGAGGCUCGUCUGGGAUGCGAGGGCGCCGAGCUGGAG